UAAUUUUGUUUUUAUUAGUGUGAAAUGGAACGCAUCGUUUUAAAACGUCACAAUAAUUUCCGUAGAGUGCGCCACUGCUCUUCAGUCAAAAUUGGGUGGUGAACAAAAUUUUUUACCCAGAAAAAGCAGAAUUUAAAAGAAAUGGCCAACUACAUUAUGCGCCGUGCGCUGCUAGAUGCAGUCCGCGUACCCGUUGGCACCCGGGCCAGCAGUGAGCUUUCUAAGAUUGGAAAUCGUGAAUGGGUCGGGUUCGGCUACAACGGGCAGCCUAACUACGUGGACCGGCCCGACUUCCCGCUGCCGGCCGUCAGGUUCCGCCCCGACACGCCCGACAUCAAGGUUCUCCGCGAAAAAGAGAAGGGUGACUGGCGCAAACUGACCCUAGAAGAGAAGAAAGCACUGUACCGUGCUUCGUUCUGCCAGACCUUCGCAGAGUUCCAGGCUCCCACCGGAGAGUGGAAGGCCAUAGUGGGCUGGGCACUAGCUCUGGCUUCCCUGUCUCUGUGGAUCUACAUGGGAAUGAAGACUUUUGUAUACGGACCCCUGCCCGAGUCUCUCAACGAUGAGAACCAGAAGGCACAACUCAAGCGCAUGUUAGACAUGAAGGUGAACCCCAUAGACGGGCUGUCCUCCAAAUGGGACUACGAGAACAACCGCUGGAAGUGAACUUAUGGGUUGGUGUGGUGCUGAACCUACGGCCGCUGGCCGCUAGAGUAGACAAUUGUAAUAUAAGUGAAAUAUCUGUAAGAUAAUAAAUUGUGAUUCCAAUCA